AUGUCAAGUUCAACAAGUGAAGAAACACUAUCGUCACAUUCCUCAUCUAUAUCUCUUAAUCAACUAAUGAAUUUUUCUCGAUAUAAUUUAGAAAACAAUAAUAUUGAAUUUGAUUAUCGUAUGGCUGAUACACUUAGUUCAACAAUUUUACAAUUAUGGUCUUCAUCAACUGAUUGUGAUCUUGUUUUUCUUGUUUCAAAUCGACGUUAUUAUGCACAUAGUUGUAUUUUAUUAGCUAUUUGUCGUUCACUUGAAAAUUAUUUUAUUCAUAUUAAAUCUUCAACAAUUAAAUAUACUUGUCAAUUAAAAAUUACAUCAUAUUAUGGUCUAGAACUUUUACUUAUUUAUAUAUAUACGUCAAGACUUAUUUUAAAUGUUCAUACUGUAUCAGAUCUAUUUCUUGUGUCAAGUGAACUCGAUGUUGAACAUAUCAUUCAACGAUGUAUUCAAUUUAUAAAUGAAUCUAUACAAAAAAUGUACAAUAAAUCUGAAAAAUUAUCACUUCUUUGGUUAUAUCUUAAAUGUUGUUUAUUGAUUCCAACUAUUCAUCAUGUAUUAUAUGAACGAAUUAUACAAGGAAUAAAGUAUUUCUAUCCUCAAAUAAUAUCUAGCAAACGUUUUCUUUCUUUAACACCUAAUAUUCUUAUACAAAUAUUUGAAUUAUUAUUUCCAAAUAAUAUAUCAUCAUCAAUUUUAUAUAAUUCUCUUCUUAAUUGGGCAUCAUAUACAGAUAAAUUAAAUCGACAAAUUAUAAUAGAAUAUCUAAUUUCAAAAUAUAUAAAUCAUUCCAAUUUAUCAAAGAAUAAUUCAUGUUUAAUAUCAAAUAAAUUUUCUAAUAUGGAUAAAAAAUUACAUGAACUUAUAAAUUAUCAGAGAAAUAUUCUCAAUCGUUUAGAUGAAUCAAUAAUUCAUAUUGAUAGUACUGAUUCAUUAGAAUUAAAUAAAUCAUCUUAUUGUCUUAUUUCAUAUAAUUCAAUUAAAACAAAAUCUUCAAAAGAACAAACCUUAUGGAUAACAGAAUCCGAAGAAACAAUAAAUUCAAAUCAAAAUUCUCAAUAUUUAUGGAAUAUUAAUCAUAAAAAAAUUACAACAAUAGCUAUAUGUUGUACAUUAAAAAGAAAUCGUAAAGAAAUUAAUCAAGAUUUUAAUCAAGCUUUAUAUUUAUUUAAUCAAUUUGAUUCAUCAGAACAAAAAUAUGCAUUUAUUCAUGUUGGAAAAUUUCUUUAUGCUAUAGGAGAAUAUAAAACAAGAAUGUUUAAAUUUAAUAUUACGUCUCAUACGAUUCAACAUAUUGAUGGUCCUUAUCCUGGUCGAAGUCAAUUUGGUUUAGCAGCAACUAUUGAUUAUAUUAUUCUUAUUGGUGGUUUAAUUAAUGAAGGAAAAUCAAUCUCAUCAAGUAUUCUAUUUAAUUGUAAACAAGAACAAUGGUAUUCAUUACCUAAUUUACCACUUAGAUAUCAACAAGGUGUUUUUCUACCUGGUGUUUGUUUUAUUGAUCAUUGUACAAUAAUUGUUGUCGGAGGUUUAAUCAUGACUAGUGAAGGACCCGUGGCAAUGAGAAAAUGUUUUCAUUUGAAUUUAAAUAAAAGAAAAUGGUUAUCAAUAGAAUCAUGUAAGGAAGCAAGAGGACAACCGAUUGUAACUUAUUAUUCAGAUAUGAUUUAUGCUAUUGGUGGAUUACAAUAUAUUUAUGAUAAAUAUAAAAUAAUGACAAGUAUUAAUGUCAUUUCAAUUGAACAGUAA